UCAUAUAUUCCUUGCUUCCAAACACAUAAAAAUUCCUGCCGCCCAUUCUGAUCAGCAAAGCAAAGCCCAAUCCAGAACUUCCCUUAUCUAAGCAGAUUUCUCAAGUCUUCUCACUCCACAUUUUGGGGAGGGAAUUAAAAAUUCCCCAGCUUUACACAGCUCAAUUCGCUUCUUCAAUUAACUUGCUUACAGAACAACCAUGGCGGGAACUGCAACCUUUACCGUCUCUUCAUCACUCUCACUACCUUCUUCUUCAUCAUCAUCAGCAAUGUCAUCGCUCUCACUCUCAUUGAAACCGUCCCAUCUUUCAAUGCGGAUUUUCCCCAAAACACCUUCGCGUCCCAUUUUUCCCAGGAUUUACGCCUUGUCUAGCAACGAUAUCAAAGUGGGUACCAACAUUGAAGUGGAUGGUGCUCCUUGGCGUGUUUUAGAGUUUCUUCAUGUGAAGCCUGGAAAGGGGGCAGCAUUUGUCCGGACCAAAAUGCGGAAUUACAUAACAGGAAACACUGUUGAGAAAACUUUUCGAGCUGGAAGUGCGAUUGAAGAUGCAGAUGUGUUCAAAGAGACAAAGCAGUUCACAUACAAAGAUGGUGCUCAAUUUGUCUUCAUGGACCUGAACACCUUUGAAGAAUUUCGUCUCAACGAGUCAGAUGUUGGAGAUAAGACGAAGUGGCUGAAAGAGGGAAUGGACUGCAAUUUGCUCUUUUGGAAGGGAAAAGUUAUAGAUUUUGAACUUCCAAUCACAGUAAAGCUGACUGUAGUUGAUGCUGAUCCUGGUCUCAAAGGGGACACUGCUCAAGGUGGAACAAAACCAGUUACUCUAGACACAGGUGCUGUGGUUAAUGUGCCCCUGUUCAUUAACAUCGGUGAAGAAAUCUUGAUAGACACAAGAACAGGUCAAUACAUGAGCCGGGCAUAAGUUAUAGUCCAGAAUUACUUUGUCAAUCACAUUUUGAUAGUAGAAGAGUUGUAAAGCAGAGUUUCCCCGUUUUAAGUAAGAAAAUUCAAUUGAGCUUGUAUUUGUCGGAAAAUUUUCUUUAGUGUACUUUAGGGUAUCUUAUGGUAGAAAUAGAUGAUAUUUUGCCUUCCAGGCAAAGUGAGAAGGAAUUCUAGAUCAAAAUUACAAAGUUGCUUUACAGCAAUUAUGGUUCUUGAUUGUUUCAUAAAGUUAACAGCAAGUAAUACAAUUAUUGGUCCCAUUUCUGGA